GAUGAGUUAUUCAAUGGCAAAAAACAGGAUGGAUGGUAAUUAACAGUCAGCACAGACAAAUAAAGAAGAACAAAUCCCCCAUGAUUUCUUUCUUCACGAACGAACCAGCCUGCCUGGCUGGAUCCAUCCGUCCGUCCACCACUUGGGCCCUUUUUGGUCAACCGAGUGCUGGAGGGAUAAGGUUUUUCACCGUUAUUUGAUUGUUAAUACAAGUAGUAGAUGGAAAAGUAAAGAAAAGUCGGAGCCUGUCUCUCCCAUUUGUUCUUCAAUACGGACAAACCAUAUAAGAAGCAGGCCAUUGUAGAGGUUGUACUAGUACUAGCCCCUUUAAAUAAACCUUUACGUUCUUUCUUUUGCUUUUGCGUUGUCCGUCUUGUCAUAACAAUAUCAAACACACCCAACACCAGCUGAAACAUCUUCUCUCGGCUUGAAAGAAUUUGCUUAUAAAGAAAUGCAAAAUCCAAGGAUGGCGCCUUCAUCUGAAAUUCAAAAUGCCAAGCCUCGUAAAAAGAAAGCUGGAGCCUCGAGAGCUUCCACGAUUCAGUUGCAAGGGAAUGAUGUCAGAGAAGUCAAACAAGUGCGGGUACCUCUGUCUUUAAGACCAGGGCAGAAAGCCUUCAAAAAGAGCUCGAAGAAAGAAGGCUCUCCAUUGUUCCAACAACCAGAGAGGUCGAACUCUGAUUCACUGCCAGAUUCCUCUGCCCCAGUAGAUGAAUACCGGCAUCUAAGACACAGGUAUUUGUUGUUGGAGGAAGAUAGCUUUUCUGUGGGAGGAGCUUUGAGCAAGGUUGAGGACGAGGUCAAGACCCUUGAAGAUGAGAAAUUCGCGUUGCUAGACCAGCUUGUUGUUUUAGAAGGUUUGAUUGAUCCUUCAAAAGUGCAGCCCAACGGGUUCUAGUUACCUUCUACAUGCUUUACCCGUUUGUUUUAAUGAUAUCACUGAUAGGCGCACUUGUACAUUAUCGUCAGUGCAUGGUUUCAGAGUUAAUUGCCAGAGUAUGUUAUUCUAUCUGAUUAAUUUGCCAAUGGCUGAUGCUGAAAGACUACCAUAUAAUUAGAACUGAAUGUAGAAACAAGAAUGAAAUAGAUGCUAUCCUAUACUGCUGUGAUUUCUGAAGUCUUUUAUGACUAAUAAAGUCAAUACUUGGAUUUGAUCUGUUUUUAA